UUUGUUGUAUUAAAAUGCUUUAUCUCCUCAAAUACGGUAUAUCUGUCAUUAAAUUAGGAAGACAGUUUCUGAGCUUGUUCUGGACUUUGGCCAUUUGUUCACUUGGAAAACAAAAUGAUUCUGCUUUCUCUUUCUGGUCAACAAAACCCAAGUAAAGCCGAGAAAGGGUGCACACAAAUGAUAACCCCUCUUACUCAUUUUGUUACUCUUUUUGACCCUGUUUUGUUCUGCUUGUUUUUAGUACACUCUCUCUCGCUUAUUAGUGAUGUUCUUGAGCUACUGUGCACUUGAAGGACCUCUAUAUAGAUUUACCUGAUUCAUCUUCUCACUAACCUAUCUAACUGCAGUUCUUUUGCAGAGCUUAAAACACCAAGAAAAUGACAGUUCCAUUCAUUCAUUCAUUCAUUUUUAGUACUUGAGGUGACCUCAUUGAACUUGUUUUAACAUAAUCAGUCACCAUUAGUACUAUAUAAGUGCUUGGCACACAUGGCCGGACAGGAGGAAGGCUGGCCCCUGGGUUUGCAGCCCCUGAAUGUGAGAGUUGGGUUGGCUAGAAAUCAAAAUUUCUCUGGAUCAAUAUCAUUCAACACUUUAAUCACUGGCUCUCCAACCUCCUCCACAGAUUCUUCAUCGGAUUUGGACACAGAGUCUACAGGGUCUUUUUUCCAUGACAAGAGCAUUACCCUUGGGAGCCUUAUUGGGGUUUCUAGCAUUUUAGAGUUCUCUAGAAGAUCAUUAAGGGGAAGAAAAACCGAACCUUCAAAGGAAAAGAAAAGCACCAAGUCCAGAAUAUGGCUUUUUUCUUUGUGCUUAAGGGACAGUACUGAUGCUAAGAGUGUGAGGAGUCCUCAAUCUCUUGGCCACUUUCUUGAAGUGGAGAGAAGAGCUGCUGAUGAAUAUAGAAGGAACCAGAGCCCUACUAAUAUUGGACCCGACGAACUUGACCUGGGUCAGCCUGUCACAGAACCCAACUCACUUUUUGUUAAUGGUCAUAUUGCUCCUCCUCAAAGUAGUUCAGAUGUUGAAAGGAGAAAAGAUAGAGGUUUAGAGCAUGGUGAUGGGUUUGGAGUUCCUUCACUAUGUUCAUGCAUGUGUGGACAACCAUCGGACUAAACAUGUGUGAAACUCCUUUUGGCCUCUCAAUUGUUGAUUGAAAUGAAUUUAAUGUCCUAGGAAGGAAUAAUCUGUUAGAAAAAAUUGAAUGUAUUUUAAACCUAUUGAAGAUGAUGGCUUUUCUAAACACCCACCUGGUCUAGUUUGUUCUCUAUGACACUUUCCAUCUGUAAUUCUAAGUACAAAGUUUAUGGAAUCACAUUAUUGGUCAUCAUAAU